AUAGAUUUUUUUGCAUAGUUAAAAUAUUUUCGCACUAAAAAUACCAAAAUACCAAAAUUUAAAAAUAAAAGUGAAAUAAAAAUAUAAACAGCUACAUUUCUAAGAUAUAGCAAUUCAAUCAAUGUCAUCAAAGAAUAAAGACAAGGAAGUAAAACCAAAACCAAGAUAUAGAUCCGAUCUAAAACCAGGUGAUAUCAAUCCCUAUAUACCGAAAUAUAUCUCUGAGAAACCAUGGUAUCAAGAAACAUCAUCGACAGAAUCGGAUUUGAAGAAACAAAAACUAGAUCAUCAAGAUGAAGUGGAAGUUAAUGAAGAUCAACAACAGCCAAAGGAAGAUUACUUAUCCCAUCAGAGAAAGAACAAGGAUGUUAUAGUGGAUUAUAGUUUGCCAACUUCAGGAUCUGGGAUUAACGAUGAAUUCAUAGUUCAAAAUAAUGUAUACAUAAAGAAAAUUGAUGAUAAUGAUAAUGACAAUAACAAUAACAAUAACACCAACACAACUACAGAUAAAAAUAAUGAUAGAAAUAUAUAUGAUAUUAAACGAGAUAGAUGGUAUGGAUAUAAUAAUAAAGAAUGGGAUAAAAUAUUUCAAAAUUGGGAAAAAAUUAAACAAAAAUCAAAAAAAAUAAAACGAAAAAUUUCAAACCAAAAUAAAGAUGAUGAAUCUGAUUCAGUAUCCUCAGAUGAUACUGAUUAUGAAUUGGAAUUAAUUGAAUUGAAUUUACAGAGAAAAGAUAUCUCAACCAAUAAUAAACAAAAUCAUCUUGAAAAAAUGAUUAGAGAUAGAGAAGAUAUUCCUUCUUAUAUUUAUAAUAUAUCAAGUGAUCCAAAUAAUAAAAUUAGAAUUGAUUAUGAUCCAAAAUCAAGGUUAGCUAAAAAUCUAGAAAAGGGGUUCUUAAAUGAUAAAAAUCAAUUUGUUAAAAAAUUAAAUGGUGAAGGAAAAGAUUUAAUAGAUUUGCAAAAAUUUGCUUGGGAAAUUGAUCAAAAUGAUUUAAAAGAUAAGCAAAAACAACAAUUAAUUAAUAAAUUGUCAACAGAAGCAACUAAUGAUUAUAAUGAUGAUGAUAACAUUACCGAGACUAAUUUAGAUUUUAGUCUUGAAGCAAGUCCAACCUUAAUGAUGCUUAAAGCUAAAGAAAAGCAAGAAGAAAACAAAAGAGUUCAAUUAUUGAAAAAGAAAGCUUUGUUGGAUAAAUAUGGAAGUUCUUCUAAUUAGUUAAGGUCUAAUAUAAGUUUACCUUUUUUUUUUU